CUCUGACCUGUUUUCAGAGGACUCUCUGCCAUCCUGUGUGUGUGACAUAAAGUAAACCGCCUCCAGCAGCCGUCACCAUGCCCAAGACUGCAGAGUCCCACUCCGUCACCAUCCCCACCAACCGCAACUGCACCGUAGAGAUCACCAAUGUCAGCUCCGUCUUCUGUCUCGUCAACCCAAAGGUGCACAUGGAAAGUGGCUUCGUCUUCGACCCUCCACAGCCGACCGUGCGCACCACCAAGACCGAGGUGUGCUCCUUCACCAAGGACGACAACACGGCGUCGGGCGCCGUCGGCAUCCUGACCUACGAGAUGUUCGACAUGCGCAACCGCAACUGCAACGAAAUAGUCGCCAUCAUGUUCUCGGUGCCGUUUGACUACAACUUCUACAAGAACUGGCUGGGGGUGGGCACGUUUGAGCACACGCGAGCCUGCGACAACAAGCUGUUUGAUCACAUGUACAAGGGAAAGGAUUUCACCAACUUUGUGCGCCAGGAGGCCAACGGCUCCGGGGUGACGUUCAAGGGGCACAUGGUGGACGUGAGGGCCUGCAUGUCCAACGAGGGCAAGGCCAUGAUCAAAGUGGAGCUGUAUGACAAGAUGGGCAGAUGAGUCUGUUAGAAAUGAGUGCAUUGGUGUGGAAUAAAUUGUACGAACACUGUUGACGCAGAUGUUCCUGAAAACCUACAUACAAUUUGGCUGUCAUUCAUGUCACAUUUGGUUGUUUUGAAUGAAUAAAAAGCAAUGUGCUGUAAAGGA